UUUCUUCCUCUUUACUUCUCCUUUUCCCCGGCCUUCUCUUAUAGUCUAAUUAAUAGAAAUGGCUAAACUUUAUUCCCUAGGUUACUUAAUUAUUUUCUUCACCAUUAGCCCUUUAGUGUCCAUCAUAGGUAAACCUUCAAUUCCAUAUGAAGUUCUUUUCCACCUUGAUAUUGCAACAAGACUUAGUGUAAAUAUUUCAGAUGCCACUAUAGCAACUUCCACUGAUUUUGGAAAACUUGUUCAAAAAAUCCCAGCUGCAGUUCUUUACCCUUCCUCCAUACAUGACAUUAUUAAGCUCAUUAACUACUCCAACAAUGGCGCCAUUUCUGUCCCUUUUGGUGUCGCGGCGAGAGGACAUGGCCAUUCAGUGAGGGGACAAGCCAUGUCGCCAAAUGGGGUUGUGGUGGUCAUGAGUUCUUUGAAGAAUAAUAACAAUGGAAAAAUUAGGGUUUUAUGGGAGAGUUGUUUAGGGUUUUAUUAUGCAGAUGUGGGAGGUGAGCAGCUUUGGAUUGAUGUUUUGCAUGCCACUUUAGAGCAUGGACUUGCACCUGUCUCUUGGACUGAUUAUUUGUAUCUCUCUGUUGGAGGAACUCUCUCUAAUGCUGGAAUUAGUGGCCAAACUUUCAAAUACGGUCCUCAGAUUAGCAAUGUUCUUGAAAUGGAUGUUAUCACAGGUAAAGGGCAACUUGUCACUUGUUCCAAGCAGACAAAUUCGGAGCUGUUUUUUGCAGUUUUAGGGGGUCUAGGCCAGUUUGGAAUCAUAACCAGAGCAAGAAUUGUCGUGGAGAAAGCACCAACAAGAGUGAAAUGGGUUAGAGUGUUCUAUAGUGAUUUUUCAAAAUUCACAAAAGACCAAGAAAAACUGAUCUCCAUUAAUAAUGGCAUGGACUAUGUGGAAGGCUCUCUAAUGAUGAAUCAAAGUCCUCCAAAUAAUUGGAGAUCUUCCUUUUUCUCAACUUCCAACCAAUCUAAAAUAAUUUCCUUGAUAUCCAAAUAUGGAAUUAUCUACUGUUUGGAAAUGGUCAAGUACUAUGAUGAUCAGUGUGCUAAUACUGUUGAUAAGGAAUUGCAGAAGAUGAUGAGAGGUUUGAACUUUCUGUCUGGACACAUAUUCAAGAAAGAUACAACAUUUGUACAUUUUCUGAAUAGAGUAAGAAGUGGUGAGCUAAGGCUGCAAUCAAAUGGAAUGUGGGAUGUUCCUCACCCUUGGCUCAAUCUCUUUGUACCAAAAUCCAGUAUUAUGGACUUUAAUGUUGGUGUCUUCUUGGACAUUAUUCUCAGACAAAACAAGACCACAGGACCUAUUCUUGUGUACCCAACAACCAGAAAAAAAUGGGAUGAUCGGAUGUCUGUUGUGAUACCAGAAGAGGACACAUUCUACUGCGUAGGGCUAUUGCAUUCUAGUGGAUUCAAUGACUGGGAAGUUUUGGAUGGACAAAAUGAAGAAAUCAUAAACUACUGUGAAAAAGCUGGUCUCAACAUCAAGCAGUAUCUUCCACAUUACAAAUCCAAGGAAGCUUGGAUGAACCAUUUUGGCAAAAAAUGGAAAAUAUUUCAACAAAGGAAAAGUCAGUUUGAUCCAAAGAUGAUUCUGUCACCAGGACAAAAGAUUUUCAUUUAGCUCAUUUUAGUGAGGGCAAGAUGAUAAUAAUAGUAUAGGGAUGGGGGAUAAUUAAUGCCUGCAUAGGAUAUAUAUUGAGUAUAGUUUACCGGUUCGGUCGAAUCCACUGGUUUUUGUUCAAAUCUUGUAUGUCUUAAAAAAAUCAAUGAAUAUAUACAAAUUAUUAAUUUAG